AAACAAAGGAGCGGACAGUUGAACGGCAGCGACCCAGCCGAGGGCGAGCUCUACUGGAUGUUCUUGUCUCGACGAACGCGUCCGGAUCACAGGCUGACCGUGGGGAACAAGCCACUCUGAAGCGAAUGAAGAAACAACUUAUCUUUCACUUCACAUACAGAGGACUUCUAACGAGAGGAAAAAAGAGUAAAAGAAGAAAAUGGAGUAUAAGUUACGAAAGGCUGAACCCAGGGACGUGUCUGAUAUAUUACGACUGGUGAAGGAACUUGCAAAAUACGAAGAGAUGGAGAACCAGGUGACACUGACUGAAAAAGAGCUCCUUGAGGAUGGAUUCGGUGACACCCCGUUUUACCAUUGCAUCAUCGCUGAAAUCCAAGGAGAGAACAGCAGUGACGGCCUGAAGGUGGUCGGCUUUGCCAUGUACUACUUCACCUAUGACCCCUGGGUUGGUAAACAGCUGUACCUGGAGGACUUCUACGUGAUGGAGCAGUACAGAGGGCUGGGCAUCGGUUCGGAGCUCCUGCGGCAUCUCAGUAAU